GAGCGGCGGCGGCGGCGGCGGAGGUCGUGAAUUCUAAUCAGGACAAGGAGCCACCAUGAACGAGCGUGUUUGUACGCGUCCUACGUCCUCUUGAAGAGCCCUUCUGAGGAGGUGUCGUACGUGUCGCCCGGCGAAGGUGCUCGUUCCCGCCUAGAGGACCGUGAACGCCUCCCGAGGCAUCGGUCAUGCUCUCCGGAUUGGGUAGUCAGCUCCUGCGGUGUCCUGAGGCUACGUCUGAAUGAGGAGACACACAGUCAUCCACUGCUGACCUACUGACUAAACGCCUCACGCUAACACAUGGCUGAUACAACAAGGUUGAGAACGUGGCUGGGAGCGUGAAUCGUGUUGUCCUCAGAAUUACAUCACAUGGAGGUCAAAGGCCAUCUGAUCACAUCCAUGGGUUUGGUAGGAGCUCCAGAUGUCCAAGGGUGCCAGGACAGCAAGCUGCAGGCUGAGCGGGCUACAGCUCUGCAAGAGCGGAAGCAGGCCCUGGAGGCUCUGCUUAACACACGCGUGGAAGAGCUCAAACUCGUCUGUUUGCAGGAAGCAGAGCUGACUGGGAAGUUGCCACGAGCGUUCCCUCUGGAGACGGGGGAGAAACCCCCAGCAGUGCAGCGCAAAGUUGGCCUACCGCCCAACUGCAAGGCAGAAGUAAGUCAACACCUUGAAUAUUUUUGUGUGCACUGUGGUCUAACACAAGUACUUGUGGCUUGGAUGCAGGAUGAAGCUGCACAAAGAAGGCAGAUGAAAGCAAUCUUUAGCGGCACUCUGUACAGACACACUGAGUCAGACCGAAACCUACCAAAUAGCAAGAGGACAGUUCAUCGGGGCUGUCACACAGAGGACAGUGUCAUGUCGGAGAGCACAAGCUCAAUGUCCGAUUCCACAUCUCAUGACAAUGAAUCUUCCCCCGGUGUGGCCGCGGACCAGCGCUCUCUGUCCCAUCCUCGGCUCACUGUGGGUAGUCCUGACCACAGGAUCAGCAGGAAACUCUCUCCUGUCGAGAUUUACUACGAAAUGAGGACACGCCGCAACUCUGUCACAAGCUCUGUCAGCCCAACUCACUCCUUACCUAGAAGUGCAUCGAACGUUGAAGGCCGAAGUGUUCCAGCUACGCCUCUCUUGGCCCGAACUGCACCUAUCAGUGUUCAUGUCAGGUCGGACGUGUCUGGCGGCAAUGGCUUAAAGCAGUGGUCUGGCAGUCUAGACGUGCCAUACAUGAUUCCGCUGGCCCAAGAGGCCUCCUCCUCCGACCGCAGAGGCUGCCCGUACAACUCCAGAGCCAGGCGCAGUAACAGCUCGGAGGCCCUGCUAGAUCGGUCCAGUCUCCCUGACGAUCCGGCCCCCAGAAACGGGAUGCACCCAAAGGGAGGUCCCUACAAAAGCUCAGAGACGCUCACAGACGGAAAACUACGACACAUUCACCUGGGCAGCCCUGAGAAACACGCGGAGGGAUCUGUGGAACAGGCCAAAAUGCGUCUGUCAAUGGGGGGACGAGGGGCUGGGGCGGGCUACAACGAGCUGUUGAUGGACUAUAUCUGGGGGAAGCAGCAGAGGAUGCAAGUGCAGCAUCACCUCUUCCAGUCCACGGGCAGGAUCUGGCAGGAUUUACCCUCUCACUGCUCCUCUACUGGAGGAGUGGCUCCCCAUGCGAACGGUUUCUCCCAUUCCCAGGUGCACCUUCCAAGCGCCGCACCUCCUUACAGCCCCAUGGUGGGGCGAGGGUCCCAAGAUAUGCGCAGGGUGAAAGUCACCAGAACCAAAUCCUGUGGGCCCUUUAUUCCUUUGCAGCAACACCCCCAGGACGCCAUCCUGCUGUCCGCCUACGAGUCACACCUUCCUGCCGCUGGCACGACGACGUCCUCCAUUCCAAACCUGCUUCCCUACCAGACUGAACUCUCCGGCCCCGCCUUCAGUCGAAGACCCCCACAGUUCUCCCUUCCGACCCCAGAGGACUCGACGCGAAGUCUCCACAAAGCCCUGGCUCUGGAGGGACUGAGGGACUGGUACCUGAGGAACGCGCUCGGAUAUCCCUCUAAGAGCCACGAAGCGGGGAUUUCACGUCUGUCACACCCCCACCCUCUGGCGGCCCAGGCCCAGAAUGUCCAGGGUGAAGCCGCCAACCUCCCCAGGCCUCAGAUGCCCCAGUCAGCCAGCUUCCAUGGGCACCCGCUGCAUGGCAGAUCGAUGGAGCUUUCCCUCUAUCAGGAGACUCCUAACACUCAGACACAAGACGGGACCCCGAAGGAACCCAUCGCAGAUCCAGGCACCCUUGUCUGACGCAGCCGUACACACACACACACACACACACACACACACACACACACACACACGUACUGUACACUAACACACACACACUGCAAGUAGCACCAUGCAUUCACCCCAAUACAAACUAGUGGAUACAACGAGACCUCAACAGUGAAACAAAACAUGGCAACCUCAGCAGAAAAAGACUGAUGACAAAGUGUAGCUGUACAGUGUCAAAAGAAACAAGCCUCAUUAAGUCCGAUAUCUUUGAACAUUUACUAACAGUACGGUCUAUCUAUAUUUUUGGUCCAACAUGAGCAGUCCGAUAACACAGAAACGUCUCCCGAGAUAUACUUUUUUACUCAUUUAAAUCACUAUUUUGUAUCUUCUGGGAUAUACACACAGUUAUAUUGACGCUCAUUAACCAUGUGCGGUGAACAAGUAUUAAUACUUGCCAGUGUGUUUGUGGACUACUUCAAAAAGACCUCAUCUGCAAUUGAUUUUAACAUUUUUUUUUUUAUUUUUUUUUUACAGCCAUUCAUGUUUGUUAAUGUGCAGCUGUGGAAUUGAUUAACGGUAGCUUGCAGGAGUAGCAGACGGGAGUGCCUCAAUGUUUUUAAUAGAGCGGGAGUAAACGUUGGUUAGAUGACUUUAAAGUGGUGCUGUCAAAUGAUUAUUUUAGGCCUGGGCUGAAAAAAAAAAUAGCACAUUUCUUUCACAAAAAUUUUAUUUUUUUUCCCCAUUAAAGAAAUCAAUGAAUACAAGUGAUAUAAAUAUUUCAAAACAAGUUGUUUUUUUAUUUGAUCAAAAAGUAGUAGUUUGAAAUGACACUGCAUCUUACUCUUAGCAAAAUUGUCAUUUGAGACAAUGUUGUUCUUUUUAGACCAGAUAUAAAUUGAAAAGAAAAUAACUAAAUUAAGAGCUUACACUUCUGUAAACAAAAACGUAGCAUUGCACAUUGCACGCAAAUAAAUAGUCAUCUCCAGCAUUGAAAUUAAUAAAGUGAAAACUUGAGAUGUCCGAUAAUAUCGGACUGCCGAUAUUAUCGGCCGAUAAAUGCUUUAAAAUGUAAUAUCGGAAAUUAUCGGUAUCUGUUUCAAAAAGUAAAAUGUAUGACUUUUUAAAACGCCGCUGUGUACACGGACGUAGGGAGAAGUACAGAGCGCCAAUAAACCUUAAAGGCACUGCCUUUGCGUGCCGGCCCAGUCACAUAAUAUCUACGGCUUUUCACACACACAAGUGAAUGCCAGGCAUACUUGGUCAACAGCCGUACAGGUCACACUGAGGGUGGCCUUAUUAACAAUUUAACACUGUUACAAAUAUGCGCCACACUGUGAACCCACACCAAACAAGAAUGACAAACACAUUUCGGGAGAACAUCCGCACCGUAACACAACAUAAACACCACAGAACAAAUACCCAGAACCCCUUGCAGCAAUAACUCUUCCGGGACGCUACAAUAUACACCCCCCGCAACCCCUAAACCCCGCCCACCUCAACCUCCUCAUGCUCUCUCAGGGAGAGCAUGUCCCAAAUUCCAAACUGCUGUUUUGAGGCAUGUUGAAAAAAAUAAUGCACUUUGUGACUUCAAUAAUAAAUAUGGCAGUGCCAUGUUGGCAUUUUUUUCCAUAACUUGAGUUGAUUUAUUUUGGAAAACCUUGUUACAUUGUUUAAUGCAUCCAGCGGGGCAUCACAACAAAAUUAGGCAUAAUAAUGUGUUAAUUCUACGACUGUAUGUAUCGGUAUCGGUUGAUAUCGGAAUUGGUAAUUAAGCGUCAGACAAUAUCGGAAUAUCGGAUAUCGGCAAAAAAGCCAUUAUCGGACAUCUCUAGUAAAAACCUAUCAUUUUGUAAAUAAAAAUGUAGUAUUAUACAUUGUAUGCAAAUUAAUCUUCAAAUAAAACAUUGAUAAGAUUAUAUAAUAGUUUCGGGCUUUUUUAUUCACAUAUCUUGGUCGUGUGCAGAGCGUAAAUGUAAAUUAUUCCACCCCAGUAAGAUGAUUUUUAGCUGGGGUUUGUUGUUGUUCCGGUCUUGUUCGCCUCGUCAAGAGUUAUAUUUCCAGCACUCGACUGGAGGCUUUGGUGUCAGAUGCUGGAAUAAGUUUGUUAUACUGCUGCCUCUUUCAAAUAAACUUUGCAGCGUGCAGUCCUUUGUCCCACGCCUGUUGCCGCAAAACCAAACUUCUUUGGAACAAACGUCUCUCGCUCGUUAGGUUUAGCUUUAGCCAUUAUUUGCUGGGUGUGUGAAUCGGCAAAAAGUAUCGAUUUUUAUGUUUUUCAAUCGUCUGCAACAAAAAACUUAAAUUUAUCGAUAAAAUCGAUAUAUCGCCCAGGCCUGGAUUAUUUUUUUCAAUCAGAUUAAUCACAUAAACUUUGCAGCGUGCAGUCCUUUGUCCCACGCCUGUUUCUGCAAAACCAAACUUCUUCGGAACAAACGUCUCUUGCUCGUUAGUUUUAGCAUUAGCCAUGUUUUGCUGGGUGUGUGAAUCCGCAAAAAGUAUCGAUUUUUAUGUAUUUCAAUCGUAUGCAACAAAAAAACUUGAAUUUACUGAUAAAAUCGAUAUAUCGCCAAGGCCUGGAUUAUUUUUUUCAAUCAGAUUAAUCACAUAAACUUUGCAGCGUGCAGUCCUUUGUCCCACGCCUGUUGCCGCAAAACCAAACUUCUUUGAAACAAACGUCUCGGGCUCGUUAGUUUUAGCAUUAGCCAUGUUUUACUGGGUGUGUGAAUCCGCAAAAAGUAUCGAUUUUUAUGUUUUCCAUCGUGUGCAACAAAAAAUUUAAAUUUAUCGAUAAAAUCUAUGUAUCGCCCAGGCCUGGAUUAUUUUUUUCAAUCAGAUGAAUCACAUAAACUUUGCAGCGUGCAGUCCUUUGUGCCGCGCCUGUUGCCACAAAACCAAACUUCUUUGGAACAAACGUCUCUCGCUCGUUUAGUUUUAGCAUUAGCAAUUACUUGCUGGGUGCGUGAAUCGGCAAAAAGUAUAGAUUUUUAUGUUUUUCAAUCGUCUGCAACAAAAAACUUAAAUUUAUCGAUAUAUCGCCCAGGCCUGGAUUAUUUUUUUCAAUCAGAUUAGUCACAUAAACUUUGCAGCGUGCAGUUCUUUGUCCCACGCCUGUUGCCACAAAACCAAACUUCUUUGGAACAAACGUCUCUCGCUCGUUAGUUUUAGCAUUAGCCAUGGUUUGCUGGGUGUGUGAAUUGGCAAAAAGUAUCGAUUUUUAUGUUUUUCAAUAGUCUGCGACAAAAAAAACCUUGAAUGUAUCCCAAAAAUCGAUACAACGCCCAGGCCUAGACUAUUUUUUUCAUUCAGAUUAAUCACACCUUUGAUUUCGGAUUAAUCAUGAUUAAUCACAAGCUAAUGCUCGCUUGCUUCAUUUAAAUUAACCUAAAAAAAGAACCUCAAUAUUUGGAUACAAAUGCAAUUUUAUUGUCAGAAUGUCAUUCAGGAAAAACUGUUUUAGUCUAUUUUAAUACACGUCAUUUAUUUGCUGAAAACUUGGUAACAGUUUUAUUAAAUGCCCACUCAAUCCAAUCCAAUCCAAUCCGCUUUAUUUAUAUAGCACAUUUAAACAAUGAUGUUUCCAAAGUGCUGCACAACAAUGUUAAAAACAAUAUUCAAAUAUUAUCCUUAGCUCUACCAAUGACUGAAUAAAAACAAAAAAUAAAUACAUAUAAAAACAAUAUAAAAUAAAUAUGAUUAAAAACGAUUUUAAAGGGUAAAACCAAUUAAAACAGUAAGUAGAAAUCAAAAUUUUAAAAACGCAGAGGACAACAGAGGACCACACAACUCACGUAGUGUUAAAAGCCAAAGAAUAAAAGUGGGUCUUAAGACGAGACUUAAAACACUCCACUGUGGGAGCAGUUUGAACAUGGAGGAGCAGAGUGUUCCAGAGCUUAGGGCCGACCACAGAGAAGGCCCUGUCUCCCCUGGUUUUAAGUCUGGUCUUGGGCACUACGAGCUGGAGCUGGCUCUCGGACCUCAGAGCGCGUAGGAUUGUAAGUCAGGGUGUAUUUUGACUCAUUUUAGCACUGACUUAGACUUAGACUUAGACAAACUUUAAUGAUCCACAAGGGAAAUUGUUCCACAUCAGUUACAAUGAUGGAAAGUGUAAGGAUGGAAAGGACAAUGCAGGUAUAAAUAGACUAAAUAUAGCAAUAUAACAUAUAUACGUAAUAUUUACAUAAUAUAUGUACAGUAUAUUAUAUAUACUGAUAUAUUAUAUUAUGUCUAUAUCAUAUAUACAAUAUAUAACAAUUACCAUGUACAAUAUUACAGUAUAUGUGACAGCUGCAGCAUAAAAUAGAGAGUAUAUCCAGCAGAAAAUAGACGUUAAAAACAAAGAAGUAACCUGACAACACAAUACGCCUUUCAGGAGCAUUGACUGUCAAAAUAAAUGGCGCGUAUAUUGGAUUAAUGCGGUCAUUUUUUGUGAUUAAUCACACAAGUUAACGAGCUCAUUUUUGACAGCCCUUCUUUAAAGUAAGCAAGGUGUUGCUCAAUUUAUUCGGAAUGAUGUCACUCAUUCACAUGAUUAAUGUAGCCUUUUUUUUUCCCCCUCUCGGUGUCGACCGGAUACUUUUAGUAAUACUUUCAUGAACAAACUGAGGGCUGUUGUGAGAUCUACUGUACUGCAGUAGCACAUGACUGUGUGACAGGAAGUGGUGGUGUUUUUUCUGAAUGAACAUGACCGUCAUACAGAGCACUUUAUGAACAUCCUAAGCCUUAAAAAAUCCCUAUGAUUUGUCAGCCGGAGAGCAGACAGGCGGUGUUGUUGACGGGGGCGAACAACGCCUUGUCGUCAUCUGUCUUGUCUGUACAUAGCAGGGGUGCCCAAACUUUUCGCCAAAGUCAGAAUGUGCCAAACAGCAAUUUAAGUACGGAUGUCCCGAUACGUCUUUUUCAUUUCCGAUUUCAUUGGAGCCUUGAGUAUUGGCCAUACUUGCCAACCCUCCCGGAUUUUCCAGGAGACUCCCGAAAUUCAGCGCCUCUCCCGAAAACCUCCCGGGACAAAUUUUCUCCCGAAAAUCUCCCGAAAUUCAGGCGGACUCAGGUCCAUGCGGACUUGAGUCCGCUUUCCCACAAUAUAAACAGCGUACCUGCCCAAUCACGUUAUAACUGUAGAAUGAUAGAGGGCGAGUUCUUGGUUUCUUAUGUGGGUUUAUUGUUAGGCAGUUUCAGUCCUCCCAGUAACAACACACCUACCGUAAUGCAGUUCUUCUGCCGUAAACAGCAAUGUUGUGACACUCUUAAACAGGACAAUACUGCCAUCUAGUGCAUUUGAUGAAAGCACUUUUGUGCGUGCCACACAGCAAUGCAUCAUCAGAGAGGGUGUUCAGCAUGGUUAGAAAAAUAGUGACAGAGAAUAGAACAAGGAUGGACAAUUCAACCCUUAACUCAACAAUGAGUAGAUGAGUGUUAUGUGUGUGUAUAUGUGUA